UGUAAAAGCGGCAAACACAAAAUGAGAAAGAAAUGUCAAAGUUACUCAUUUCUUCAAGAUGACGGAAAAAGAAGUAGACAUUGAGGAAAGUUUCCGAAAAUUACAAUUCAAAUUGAAAAAGUUCAAACUUUCAACUAAGCAGCUAUCUGAGGUAAAAUCGCUUCAUCUUCUUGACGGCCCAAACGUUAUCACUUCCUCAUUUUUUAGGAUAUUCUCAAAAAGAUAUUUAUUUAUUGCAAGUGCGAUUGCAACUGUUCUUGUGGCAGUAGCUAUUGGAGUUUGGAAAUCUGAGUGGCCGAUUUCUAAUAAAGCAUUGGCAGACUUUUAUUUUGACGAAUGGUGGGAUGUCGAUAUUGACAGUGAGUUAUGUGCCAUAGAAAUGCCGGAUGUUGUCUAUGAGGUGACACGUCCACCGACAGAUUGUACAAUAUGCCAUGGCGUAACAAAUAUUGACAAAGUCAACAAAAUCACAGCAGAUAUAUUUGAACAAAAAUAUGCCUAUACCGGAAGGCCAGUUGUCAUUCUAAACGCCACUGAUAAUUGGACAGCUCCGGGAGUUUUCAACUUUCAAUUUUUCAAAGAACUUUACAAUGAGGAUAGUCCAGCUUUGGAGAACUUUGAGGAUAAUUGUCAAUUCUUUCCAUAUAAAACCAAUUUUCAUAACUUGAGCGAUGUGUUCAAGAUGUCAUCUGAAGAGGCAUAUAUGAAGGGAUCCAACUCAAAACCGUGGUAUAUUGGAUGGAGUAACUGUGAUGCAGCAGCAGCUAAUAUACUUAGAGAGCACUACCAGAAACCUUACUUCCUUCCUGGUGUCUCAGAAUCUAGCAAGACUGAUUGGAUCUUUAUGGGAGUACCUGGAUAUGGGGCACCAAUACACAUUGACAAUGUUGGCAACCCCUCAUGGCAGGCCCAGAUAACGGGAGAAAAGAAGUGGAUAUUUGAGCCCCCACCCGAGUGUUACCUGGAAUGUGCAAGGAGAUUCGAGGUCAUCGUGAACCCUGGCGAGAUAAUUGUAGCAGACACAAAUGUAUGGUUCCAUGGGACAGAAGUCCUCGGAAAUGAAAUAAGCAUUGUGAUUGGCUCAGAGUUUGACUGAUGGUACUAUUUUCUUGGGACUUUUUUCAUGUGUAUUGCAUGCAUAAAAAUGUAUGCAAUUCCUUCUUCCUUAUUUAUAUUUAUUAGUACUUACAGAAUUAGUAAGUCCCUGGAUAAAAGGGUUACAUGUUCAAAUCAAAUAGUUUGACUCAAAUGACUCAAUUCAAACAAAAAGUCACGAGUAAAUAAGCUGUAAAUAAGAAGUAAAUAUUCUGGAAAUGAGGUUCCCAUUUGCCAAAAUGACAUACACAACGGAUUAUUAGUGGUUUAUGGUAAUAUAAUUACAUAGUAUUUUCUUAUGAUCUCAUUUUCAAAAUAAUAAUUUGCUUUACUGUAUUACUUAGCUUAAAAUAACUGAAUUCCCGAUGUUGUAAGAUUGAUACCCAAAUGUUGACAGUUUUGGGAAAAAAAGAAAGUUUGUUUCACUAUGAUUUAACCCCUUCACUUCCUCCUUGUAACAAAAUAUGAAAAUGUUGAUUUGUCUAUCACUUGAAUUCUCAAAAUAUCAAGAUUAUUCAAUGAAAUUAGCAUUAUCUCCCUCCCCUGAUGAAAUUAAUUUCAUUAUCUCCAACUGUUAACAUUUGGACAAAAUCCCUUAUUGGAAGA